GUCCAGGGUCCGUCAGGGGCUCGUUGUCUUGGCUCCUUUGCCUGGACAGUACCAGGGCCGACGGGUUCCAUCCUUCGGUUUCAUGGUCGCAUCGUCAUCGUCAGCUGGGUGGCUGCAUCGAUGAAUCGAUCACGUGGCUCACUAAAAACGAAAGGAAGAGGACCUACUGACCAGAUGCUGACCUACCUACAACACGAUGAUGAUGACAUAGCUCGUACUUAUGUGGUGCUCGUCCUUCAUCUUUGCACAACUUGCAUAGUAUUACGGUAAUAAUAGUGCACCACUAGUACCUACUCUGUACCUACCUAGCCCCCUCGCCUCCACAAAGAGAAUCUGGCUCUGCCCCGGUAUCCAAUGGACCUUGAGCGGCAGCCAGCCAGCCAGCCUUGUAGCCCAGCAGUCUCAAAGCUAAAAUACACUUCUCACAUCUCUUCGCUUCCGUAAUACGUACGGUAGCCAGCCAUGAGACGGUUUAUCCAGUCCAGGUUCGCACGGCGGGAAUCCGUGCACGAUUACAUCGGCGUCCUGGUGCCGCUGGAGGAGGCCCAUCUCCACAGUUACUCCGCGAGGUGUGGUAAGGCUGAAUUCGAGCACCGCCAACGCGACGAUGGUGAUGCUGAAGACGACAAUGCCGCCGAUCUGGAGGACGAGGAGACGGCCCUCGGCACGGCGUUUAAGAGCAGCGAUAAUGAGGGCGAGGGCAUGCUGCAGAUGGACGCCGCCGAGUAUACCGUAGAAGGUUUACGCCGAGACGCACGCAGAGGUGAACCCGGACGUAGAUGGACCGAAUAUGAGUUAAAAUCUAAGAUCAUCAACAAGGCCAUCCAAGAUAUCGGUAUGGGACGGUAUAACUGGCAACUCUUUGUCCUGUGCGGAUUCGGCUGGUUCGCUGACAACCUCUGGAUGCAAGGCGUAUCCUUGACCCUCCCUUCAUUGUCGGGAGAGUUUGGCGUCACAGAGAAGCACGUCAGAUACACCACGAGCUCACUCUACGUCGGCUUAAGCAUUGGUAGUGCGCUAUGGGGUCUAGGCGCCGAUAUCAUGGGGAGGCGGAUUGCCUUCAAUCUCACACUGCUCAUUACGAGCAUAUUUGGCACCCUGGCCGCGUUGGCGCCCAACUGGCCCUUCGUCUGCAUCCUCUUCGCCCUAAUGGGUACAGGCGUAGGCGGUAACUUACCAGUCGACGGCGCGCUCUUCCUCGAAUUUCUGCCCGAUGCUUCGAGCUCGCUUCUGACGCUGCUGUCUGUAUGGUGGCCUGUAGGUCAGCUCGUGUCAUCCCUGUUCGCCUGGUACUUCAUCACGAACUGGCCCGUUGACCAAGGCUGGCGCUUGUUUAUCGCCACCGUGGGCCUCGUCACCUUCGUCAUGUUCCUGAUCCGUUUCGGCCUGUUCCACCUCUUCGAGUCACCCAAGUACCUGUUGUCACAAGGCCGGCAAGCCGAGGCCGUCGCCGUUGUCCACGGGAUUGCGUUCCGCAACGGCAAGAAAACGUGGCUGACGGAAGAGAUUCUAGACGGCGUCGCCGACGCCGAGGAUGUGCAGAGCGGCGUGCCCAUCCGGGUCUCGGCGAGUAGCCUACUGAAACAGAACCUUAGCUCCUUCUCGCUUAGCCAUAUCCAGCCCCUAUUCCAGAACCGCAAGCUGGGCCUCACCACGGCGCUCAUCUGGUUCUGCUGGGCAGCUAUCGGCAUGGGCUACCCGCUCUUCAACGCCUUCCUCCCGCAAUAUCUCUCGCACGGCGGGGCCGAGGUAUCAUCCUCCGUCGCCACCCGCAGCGAAAGCAGCGCCGCCACGGCAGAAACAUACCGCAACUACGCCAUCAUCUCCGUCGUCGGCGUGCCGGGGAGUCUCCUAGCGGCGUACCUCGUGGAUCACGACUCGCGCUUUCUAGGGCGCAAGGGUACGCUCGCCAUCUCGACCUUCGUGUCAGCCGUGUUCCUCUUCUUGUUCGUGACGCUGGGUACGACGCCCAACAGCCAGCUCUUCUUCACCUCGGUCGAGGCCUUCUGCCAGAACAUCAUGUACGGCGUCCUGUACGCCUUCACGCCCGAGAUCUUCCCCGCCCCAGUGCGCGGCGCCGCCACGGGCGUCGCGAGCUUUCUCAAUCGCGUCGCAGGUUUAUUGGCGCCGCUCCUCGCUGCCAAUGCCCCCGGCGACGGCACCACGACCCCGAUUUACCUGUCUGCGGCGCUCAUCCUCGCCGCUUUUGUGGGCAUGGUGUUGAUCCCAAUCGAGACGCGGGGAAGACAACGUCUCUGAUCUCCUCGAGGCCGAAGCGGUAGAAGCAGAGCUCGAGGAGCUUACACAUGUCGCAUAUGUGUACAUAGGUUAAGGUGCAAUAGUAUAUAUAUAUACACAUACAUAGUAUUAGACAGGCAUCACAUUCUAGGAGUUAUAGCAUCAAACUGUUUUUCUAUCAGUACUUCAGCACAAUAAUACGCAUGCACAUGCCUAUGAAACUAG